CACCUCCCACCCUUCAUAUCAUCUCCGUAUCAUUCAUUGGACCAGUAUCACGGUUUAUUCCAUUAGGAUAUCACUAUAUCAAGGUAGCUCGACAAGUCCGGACAUGGAGAUGCCGGGUUGAGUGCACUACAACAUCAUGUACUGGCCCGAUUGAUUAUCACGCAUACCAUCCCUUACUUUCAUUUUCCUUCCCCAUCUUCACUUUCGCUCUCUCACCCGUUCUCACCUCUAAAGUACAUCUACCAUGGCAGCAGUUAUUACAACAAAAUCCGGAGCAACGUGGCAGGAGAUCGCAGCCGAUAGGCAAAGACACCGCGAUGCUACUAUCGCCGAAAUCCAACCUACUUUCCCGGAAUCAUUACCAGAGAUAACUGUCAAUACUCUCCGUAUUGCAAAAGGAUUACUUACUCCAGAAGAAAUCAAGAUUACUGAAACCACGACUGAAAUACUUGUGGAACAAUUGGCGAAUAGUCAGAUUAGUGCCACUAAUGUUAUUAAAGCGUUCCUUCGACGUGCUGCGCUGGCACAGAAAUUAGUACGAAGUCGCAAUUUGUUUUCAAUAGAUGAUACUGAUCCUCUUGCCAUCUAGACCAAUUGUGUCACCGAGCUUCUUCCCUCCCGAGCCCUCGAACGUGCUGCCUUUCUCGAUGAUUACCUCGCUCAAAAUGGCAAGCCGAUCGGCCCUUUACAUGGUAUCCCUAUUAGUGUCAAAGAGCACAUUGGUAUGAAGGGCUUGGAUCGCAAUGCUGGGUACGUUGGUUGGGUUGGAGGCGUUGCUGAUAAUGACGCCUUGAUUCUACGCAUUUUAUGGCAGGCCGGUGCUGUUUUCUAUGCCAGAACCACGCAACCACAGUCUUUGAUGCACUUGGAGACAAGUUCCAAUUUAUAUGGGUAUAAAACGCAUAGCGAGGGCAGGUAAUUCGCUAUUUGUACUAACAAAAAAUCAGGGUAACAACGAAUCCAUUCAACACCAGUCUAACUUCCGGAGGUUCCUCUGGCGGGGAAGGAUCCCUGAUCGGGUUUAGAGGCUCCUGUUUGGGCAUUGGUACAGAUAUUGGCGGAUCAAUUCGCUGUCCAUCUGCUUGUUGUGGUAUGCCAUAGGAAAACACCUGUUAUUCUGUUAUUGAUUGGGUACAGGUAUUUAUGGAAUGAAACCCACCUCGGCUCGUCUCCCAUUUUCUGGAUUAUUAUACUGCGGAGGAGGGCAAGAGCAGAUAAUUCCGGCGAUUGGGCCCAUGUCAACUAGUUUAGAAGGCUGCAAGCUGUUUCUCAAAACUGUCAUCGACGUAAAACCUUGGUAUCAGGAACCAUCUUUGCUUCCUUUCCCAUGGAAAGACGAGAACUUCUUCCAAGGUAAAAAGCUCAAGGUGGCGGUUAUAUGGGACGACGGUGUGGUCAAACCACAUCCUCCAGUUCUUAGAGCUUUGAAGCAGCUCGUUGAGAAGCUGAAAGAGAAGGACAAUAUCGAAGUCGUUGAUUGGCUGCCAUACAAGCAUGAACUUGCUUGGGAGCUAAUAGUAAGUCAUUACAAGGUUUUAGUAUCCAAAUAUUGAUAUAUUUAUAGGCUAAUCUAUACUUUUGCGAUGGCGGCGCUGAGCAAAUUGCAGCAAUUGGAAGUUCUGGGGAGCCGUUCCGUCCACUCUCGGACCAUAUCCUUAAGAAUAAAUAUGUUACUGCUCAUACUGUUCCUUCUCUAUAUAAAGCGACAAUGAAGAGGGACGCUUAUCGAACCGAGUACGCAAACCUUUGGAAUUCUACUGCUACAUCGACUGGACCAUGUGGUGAACUUGAAGGCAUGGUAGAUGUUAUUCUUUGCCCCGCCGGGCCUGGAUCUGCACCUAAAAUUGGUACAUCAAAGUGGUGGGGUUAUACUAGCCAGUGGAACCUUCUUGAUUAUCCAGGAAUUGUUUUUCCAGUCGAUAAGGUCGACAUCUCGAGAGAUUCGACCAGCGUGACGCACGAGCCUAUAAAUGAAUGGGAUAAAGAGAACUGGAAGUUGUGGGAAGAACACGGUGCUGAAGGAUAUCAAGAUGCUCCUAUAAGUCUGCAACUUGUCGGUCGAAGGUGGGUGAUUGAAUUGGGGGUAAGUGCACCCUAUUACAGUACUAACGAAAGAGUAGAUACGAAGAUGAGAAAGUCGUGCAAGCACUUGAGAUCAUUCAGCGGGAAACGGGAGUGCCAUUCGUCUCGUAUACUUGAAGAUACUUGCUGUUGAAUGAGCACAGCAUGGCUUGCUUGAGUACUUUUCUGUACCAGCUGAUUCCCGAAGUUAACACAGCUGCAGUGACGCUAUCCGGUGAUGGCACCUAGAUGCGAACCGAUUGGUCCUUAGUUGCAGAUUUCAGUUCAAUCAGUUGCUGUGCGGUUGGUUUUGAACCUAUCAUGUUACCCGCCUUGAUCUUUUUACGACUCUGCCUGAGAAUUUGUUUUCGAUGCGACUUACCCCGCGUCUCUAUGAUUGUUACUGUAGAGUGGAUCCCACCCUGGCCACGUUACUAGGCCCAAUCUUUGAUUCUGCAUUCUUUUCCAUGCUUACCUUUCUUUUAUGACAGUUAUGAGAGCAGCAAGAAAUUUCAUUCGUGCUUGACCUUGAAAGUCGUGUAGGUCGACGACGGUGGCGUCUCUAAAACGGGGUAGAAAUCAG